CGCAGCUUCCAGCCGGAGCCUUGUGAGGUCGUCGCCGGUUCCCGCCAGCGCAGCUCUGGACACCAGUAUCCAGGUCACUACUACAGUCUAGCACCUAGUGUAUCUCUGACAUUCGAUUUGAUAGUAUCGAGGUGGAAGGCGACCCAUUGUAAAGAUUCCGGACCGACUAGUUAUGCCUUGAGUGCAUGAGCGUAUCUCUUGUCGCCGGACAAGCCCUCGUUACUACUAGUCCAACCGUCAUUCUUAACCGCAACGACCCUACAACAUGGCCACCAAAUACCUUGCCGUCUCAGUCCCCUCCUCCAUAGCCCCCUCCGGCCACAAAGAAGAUGCAUUCGAGUCCAUACAGAAAACAGUGAACUCGUCAAAUGGCGAGGUUCUUCCCUUUCACGUGCCGGAGUUCAAGGUCGGAACGCUCGACGGCUUACUACAACAGUCGGAGGAAUUGGCGAAACUGGAGGGCCUCUGCAACUCGGUCGUGAGCAAGGUUGGAGACACGCUGAGAAACAUUCUGGAUGGCGAUGAAGAGAAGAUUGCAAUGCACAAGAACGUCAACGACAAACCUCUUGACCAGUACCUAAGGAGUUUCUCCUGGAACAAAGUCAAAUAUCGAGCCGACAGACCACUGUCUGAACUAAUUGACCUUUUGACCAAGGAAGUCAACUCGAUCGACAAUGAUGUUCGUUCCAAAUACAACCAGUACAACUCGAUCCGCACCAAUCUUCAAAGUCUCAUCCGGAAACAGACCGGCAAUCUCUCAACCAAAUCCCUUUUGAGCAUUGUCUCGCCGGAUAUUCUCGUUCAAAACUCGGAACACCUAGAGACACAUUUGGUGGCGGUUCCCAACUCUGGUGUCAAGGACUUUAUGCGCUCAUACGAAACCCUUGCACCCAUGGUCGUUCCUCGCUCCGCUCAGUUCGUGGCCUCGGAUGAUGAAUACACGUUAUACGCAGUCACACUGUUUAGAAAAUACGCACAUGAGUUUGUGCAUAAAGCCCGAGAAAGGAAGUGGGUGCCGCGGGAUUACAAAUAUAAAGAAGGCGGAAAGGAAGAGGAAGAAAAAGAGUUGAAGCGAGUCGAGGCAGAGGAGAAGAGGGUCUGGGGUGAGACGCUCCGCCUGGGCCGGACAGGCUGGAGCGAGGGCGUCAUGUGCUUAGUUCAUGUGGUUGUACUCAGGGUGUUUGUCGAGACGGUCCUGAGGUAUGGCUUGCCUUUGGAUUUUGUGGCGGUUCUGAUCAAGACCGAUUCGAAGCGCGAGAAGAAAGUCCGGCAAGUGCUCGAUGCAGAGUAUGGUUAUCUGGCCGGCAACGCGUUCGGAAAGGAUAGCAAAGGACGACUGCAGAAAGACGAAGGCUUGGGUGCUGUGGAUGUGAUAGCAGGUGGCGACCAGGCGGAUUACUCAGCUUAUGUCUGUUAUCAGAUCGCCGUUGAUUGAUCUUGGUUGUCGUCUUAAGUCAGUUGACGGAAGCAUGCGCGUAUCUGAUCUGCAAGCUUGUCGAUUGAACCAUGAGCUCUGUAAAGCGAAGGAUGGACGAACUACUAGUACGGCGAGACCAGGGAGGGAGAUAUAUGCUUAGCAUUCGCCAGGCGCUUGGUACCAUGACAUGCAGUACGCACACAGCAGCAUUGCUGAAAUGGAUGAACAGACUGGGCCACUCUAGGACAAUAGCACGUUCAAGUGAUCACUGUAAUCUUGUAUCACUCGGCACAUCACAAAGACAACGAGCGCUUGAUAACCG